CUUUGCCGCAGAAUUAUACAGGCAGGCUACGUAAAGCUGUUGGUCCAGGCUUCCAGGGCCCAAUAAGAAUCACGUGUGGCCCAUGGGCUGGGGCCUCAGAUGGCGGGCUGGCUUUUGCUUUAUGCCGCACCAACACAAACAAACUGCUGCGCCUCCGACGACGACUCGCGUAAGCUUCGCCUUCGAUGCUUACGCCCGCCGCCGCGGUCGCCUCCCGCCACAUCCCAUCCCUGCUGAACCUGCUGAGCCAGUGCCGCUCCAUCCAGAACCUCAACCAGGUCCACGCCCACCUCCUCGUCGACGGCUCGCUCUCCGCCGCCGCCGUCGCGUCCCAGCUCCUCGCCUCCUACUGCGCGCUCUCCGCCGCCGCCGGACAUGGCGCGCUCCGCCUGUUCGACGGAAUCCCCGACCCCGAUAGGUUCAUGUACAACACCGGCAUCAGAGCCUGCUGCAACGGCAGCUGCCCGCAAGAAGCGCUCCGCCUCCACCGCGGCAUGCUCGAGCGAGGGAUACUGCCCAACGAGUUCACCCUCCCGUUCGUGCUCAAGGCGUGCACGAGAGCGCGAGCGUGGGGCCACGCGCGGGCUGCCCAUGGCGUGGUUGUGAAGCUGGGCUUUGCCGGGCAGGUGUUUGUGGGGAACGCGCUUGUGCAUUCGUACGCCUCAGCUGGGUCUCUGGCGGACUCUAGGCGAUUCUUUGAUGAGAUGGUGGAGAGGAACGUUGUGUCAUGGAACUCGAUGAUCGGUGGAUACGCCCAGGAAGGGGACACUAGGGAGGCACGCGCCUUAUUCGGGGAGAUGAGGCGUCAAGGCUUUGUGGAAGAUGAGUUCACGUUGGUCAACCUGCUUCUCGCCUGCUCACAAGAGGGAAACCUUGAAUUUGGCCGGCUUGUGCAUUGUCAGAUGUUGGUUAGUGGAUCUCGGGUUGAUCUGAUUCUUGGAAAUGCUUUGGUGGACAUGUACGGUAAGUGUGGUGAUCUGUCGAUGGCUCUCAGAUGCUUUGAAAUGAUGCCCCUCAAGAAUGUCGUUUCAUGGACAUCCAUGCUUUGCGCUUGGGCAAAGCAUGGUUCAGUUGAUGCUGCAAGGGACUGGUUUGACCAGAUGCCAGAGAGGAACAUAGUCUCGUGGAAUGCCAUGAUCUCUUGCUAUGUUCAAUCUGGCCAAUGCCGUGAAGCAUUGGAUCUUUAUAGCAGUAUGCAGUCCGAGGGUCUUGCUCCAGAUGAGGUUACCUUGGUGGCUGUCCUCUCUGCUUGUGGACAAAUUGGUGACUUGACUUUUGGGAAGAUGGUACACCUUUACAUUAGAGACAAAAUCAAUAAUCCUGAUGUCUCUCUAGUUAAUUCACUUGUGGACAUGUAUGCAAAAUGUGGUCAGGUAGACACAGCAAUCAGCCUGUUCAGUGAAAUGUGUCAUAAAAACGUUGUUUCUUGGAAUGUAGUUAUUGGGGGGCUGGCAAUGCAUGGCCGUGCACUGGACAGUGUCAUGUUCUUCAGAUCGAUGGUAAGAGACUCCUUCUCGCCUGAUGAGAUCACCUUCGUGGCCCUUCUUUCUGCAUGCAGUCAUGGGGGUCUACUAGAAGCUGGGCAGCAUUACUUUGAAGCUAUGAGACAUGUUUACAAUCUUGAGCAUGAAGUUGAACAUUAUGCUUGCAUGGUUGAUCUUCUUGGCCGUCGUGGCUAUCUUGAAAAGGCUGUUUGUCUAAUAAAAGAAAUGCCAAUGAAGCCGGAUGUUGUGGUCUGGGGCGCAUUGCUGGGAGCCUGCAGAAUGCAUGGGAGUGUCAAGAUUGGAAGGCAGGUGAUCAAGCAAUUACUUGAGUUGGAGGGCAUCAGUGGAGGUCUGCUUGUUCUAAUUUCAAACUUGCUAUACGAAACUCACCGGUGGGAAGACAUGAAAAGACUUAGGAAGCUAAUGAAAGAGUGGGGAACCAGAAAGGAUAUGGGUAUUAGUUCAAUUGAAGUGAACAACAGCAUCCAUGAAUUUGGAGUGGAAGAUAUGAGACAUGAAAGCUCAAGUGAGAUAUAUGCAGCAGUUGAUCAGCUGUCAUGUCAUUUGAUUUCUCUGCAUGUAUUGACUGUGCAUCCGGAAGAGCUAUGUGUGGUAGAGUGAAGCACUAUUUGGAAUUCUUUCCAGUAUCAGCUGUAAGCUCAUACUGUUGUGCUACUAUGCUACAGAGUCAGGCACUAUACAAAAGCACAAAAUGAAGAUGAAUGUGGCUGGUGCAUUGCUUUACAAGAUAAUGUUCAUUGCCGAGCAGAAGCAGACGUCUGUUGAUGCCUGAAGAUGUCAUGGCUGGCUGGGCAAGCCAUUCAACCAACUCUACAGAUAGGUCGACUGGUCAUCUUACGCCCACAAAUUCAGUGGUCACCAUCUCCUGUGACACUGAUGUUUCAACAAUAUCAUGAGAGACUAAAGCUCUGCAACAAGAAUUCAGCAAAACGUUCACAGGGCAGCACUUUGAGUUGGCAACGAGGUAAGGAGCCCUGCAAACUUUGUUCUGAGGAGAACACGAUCGGUUGGUGGAAUGAACGGUUGCAAGGUGAGGGAUGGAUCCCGUGCUCACAUUAGCCAGUUCGUGAUGCCUGCCACAUGCUCCUCUUAAUGGUGCACUGAGCUGCAUACCUCAGUUAAGUAAGUGGGGGCCGGCAGUUUGCCAGUUGAUUGAAGGCAGCAGUGUACCCCUACCAGAGAGCGCCCAUGCAUCAACCAUCAUCCGUUGUGCUUUGGCAGUUAAGCGCCGAAAAGCUGCGAGUUGCUAUUGGCACAGCGCAACGCAAAGCGCCAUUGGCCAACGAGGGUUCGAGACGCACGCCAGGAUGCCCACCACCGCACAUGGCCACAUCACUUGGCCGAUCUGAAUCGGUAGCUUACUGGUUGGUACACGUUCAGAAAUGUGUGGUGCUGUUGCAAGUCGAUGGCUAGAUGAUUUGGUUCCGGCUAAUGGGAAUAUAUUGGUGCUUUGGGAGGUUGCUUUGCUCUUCUUUUUCUUUAUAGAAAUCAUGGAGCUGCUUUGUUUUUUUUAAAGUUCUGAUGUUGGAUAAAGCAUGUUCCGGGAGCUUUGCUUA